CCGUCGCUGCCUUGUUGCUCAGCAACCAGGGACGCUGUGAGUCACAAUGUGGGAUGCAAUUAUUGUGUAAUGGAAGGAGGCUACAUCCAAUCACAAAAGAGAACUGUACUCACUCUCAUUGUUACGUCCAAUACGGUUCUAUGGUAGGCGUGAGAGAUUAGAACCAAAUUGAAACCAUUUCUAAAACAAGGUUAGAAAUGGCAUUGGAAUAAGAAACAACCGAGAUUGAGUAGCAACGAACAAGUGUUGAAAAGUAACUGUUUGGGGAAUAUUUAAUUCUAAUUUACAGACACUUUUUUAUUUAGUACAGAAGAAUCAAAGUAUUUUUUUUCUAUAAUUUUACAUUUCAUUUUUUUUUUGCGUUCGAUCCUGUCGAUAAAAAAAAAAAGUUAUUUAAUUGAAUCAUUCUGGCGUUGAAUUUUUACAAAAUAAGAUGGCAAUAUUGGAAGAAGAUAUAUCUUUCAUAUCCCUCGUAAAUACUGUUUAAUAACUAACUCCGAAGUAGUGUGAGACAAAAUGUCAGCUGACAUUAGUUUGUUCGAUUUGGUGAACCUGUCGAUCGGGACACCUGAAGUUGGAGCUGUCAACUUCAAUGCGUUGCAUACCCUCCUCCACGCUAUCCUGGGACACCUGAAAAUCCAAAAUGUGACCACCGGCUGGAGAGAGCAGGAUGCCCCGCCACAGGAGCCCCAUGGCCCGCAUCUGACCAAGUCCUCUAGCCCGUACCAUCACAUGGAAGACAAACUUCGGCAGAUCGAGAGACAGAUGGCCGCGCUGGAGAAGCUUCCUAGCGGUACCGAUCUUCUGAGCCGCACUGCCUCAACCACAACACCGGUCAACGACUUGUGGCAGCUGAUGCAGCUCCGCCGCAAGGCUCAGGCGAGUGAGGACGGCGUGUCCAAGUCUAUGUCGCUGAUCCAGGAUCUGCUGAAGGAGAUCCAGGACCUGAAGGAGUCCAGAGAUGACCUGAAGAAAGAGGUCAAGAGCCUCCAGAACCAACUCAACCAGAAAGAGCUGCAGGACAGAGCUGGGCGUUACCCAGACCCAGACGAGCUCAUCCAGUGUGUGACCUGGGACAUCAUGCAGACCACCUUGGAAAUCAAGCACUCAGUCCCUGUCCCCACAUCAGUUGUCAUGACCACCAUGACUCCUUUCAGCGUCUCUGCCAAUGCCAAUACUGGAGCUGCUGCCUUCACUCCUGGCACUGUCACUGUCAGCCAGCAUGGGGGCGCUGCCCCAGCAGUCCCUCUCUGGAGCUGCUGCCUUCACUCCUGGCACUGUCACUGCCAGCCAGCAUGGGGGCGCUGUCCCAGCAGUCCCUCUCUGAUGGAGCUGCUGCCUUCACUCCUGGCACUGUCACUGCCAGCCAGCAUGGGGGCGCUGCCCCAGCAGUCCCUCUCUGAUGGAGCUGCUGCCUUCACUCCUGGCACUGUCACUGCCAGCCAGCAUGGGGGGGCGCUGCCCCAGCAGUCCCUCUCUGAUGGAGCUGCUGCCUUCACUCCUGGCACUGUCACUGCCAGCCAGCAUGGGGGGGCGCUGCCCCAGCAGUCCUUCUCUGAUGGAGCUGCUGCCUUCACUCCUGGCACUGUCACUGCCAGCCAGCAUGGGGGGGCGCUGCCCCAGCAGUCCCUCUCUGAUGGAGCUCCUGCCUUCACUCCUGGCACUGUCACUGCCAGCCAGCAUGGGGGGGCGCUGCCCCAGCAGUCCCUCUCUGAUGGAGCUCCUGCCUUCACUCCUGGCACUGUCACUGCCAGCCAGCAUGGGGGGGCACUGCCCCAGCAGUCCCUCUCUGAUGGAGCUCUGAUGGUGGGCAGCAAACCCCUGUCUCGUGUGGCCAGCGGGGCAGAGCGUUACCCAGAGACAGUGGAGGCCCUGAGGGACGUGGGCAGGCUCAGGGAGAGACACAACACCCUGGAGACCAGAGUAGAGCUGCUGGAAGCAGGCAAGGUUGACCAGGCCCAGCUCCAGCACCUCCGGGAGCUCCUCCCUGACAUGGGGGACAGGGAUGUGCCUGACAAUCUGUUGGAUCAACUGACUCAUCUGAGAGUUCUGGUCGACAGCCUGAUGGGUGACAGAGCCAAGCUGGGAGAACUGGAGCAGCUGAUUCUGAACAUAGGAACAGUUCAGGGCUCAGAGGGAGGCUCAGAAACAGCCAAAGGGUCAGACGGCGAGGACUCCUCUGACUCUCCUAAGCAAGGACAGCUCAGACUGCAGAUAUUAUACCUCAGGAACGCAGUGCAGAAAGUGGAGGAAGAGGUGCUACUGCUGAAGACUGAGAACACAUCAGCCAAGGCUGAGCAGAAGACCAGAAAGACAGACAACAGGGUGGACAACAUGGCCCUCAGACUGCCCUCUCACCGACAGAUGGACAACCUGCGAGGCAUGCUGGAGGACAUGAUGGCGUCCUCCUCCUCGCUGCUCUCCCAGAGCCUCCAGCAGGAGCCCCAGGGGUCAGAGCAGGGCCAGGGCAGUGGUCAGGCAGGCGGGCAGCAAGGCUCCACGUGCCCCUCCUGCUCUGUAGACGUGAGCAGGAAGGUCAGCCAGCUGUUCCAGCGCUAUGAGAAUCUGCAGGGCCUGGUUAGCAGAUUCAUGAAUCAGCAGGGAGGAGGCAGACCUGGAGCAGAGAGCUCAGAGCUGAUGAAUGACGUUCAGGGAGCCAUCAUGCAGCUGCAGGCUGAGUGUGAGAAGCUCCACGGCACAGCCAACCACCUGAUUGAGGAGCACGUCCAGAAACAGGUCCACAUCGACAGUGAGUCUGGGAGGGACAGCAGGCAUCUGUACAAGUCCAUGGAAGAACUGGACGAGAAGAAAGCUGACAAAGAGCUUGUGGAGAUGGAGAUUGAAAUCAAAGCAGACAAGCGUGCCCUGGAGACCAAGGUGAGCCGCAUGCAGUUUGACUCCAUGACAGAGGAGCUCAACACCAUGUUCCAGGAGCUGCUCAGCAAGAUCACCGGCCAGGAGCAGGACUGGCACAAAAUCAUCGACAAAAUCUCCACCGAGAUGGAGUGCAAGCUGGACCGGAUUGAGCUGGAUCCUGUGAAGAAGCAGCUGGAGGACCGCUGGAAGAGCAUCCGUAAGCAGCUGCAGGCCCAGCCUGCCCCGAAGGAGGACGACGCUGCAGGCAUCAGGAAACAACUAGUGGCAAGGUUCCACUGCAUCUCCUGCGACCGCCCAGUCGAUAUGCUUACCCCAGGACCGCACUUGGUCACCCUGCCCUCCACUCCUGGCCUACCCUCCCACAAGUCCAACCGACCGUACACCAUCUAUGAGCUUGAGCAGGUUCGCCAGCACUGCAGAAGCGAGCGCAUCCCUGAGAUGGCGGACUACAGUUACCUGGCCAUGUCCCGGAGCUGUGGAGGCAGCCACACUGUGACCUACCCCAACCGCCGCUACACCCGCCUGCAGCACUUCAGCCACUUCAUCCAGGCUGAGGAGGAGACACCGCCCAUCUCCAGCUCCCCACUGCGCAUUCAGCCGGAGGAGGUGGACAUCCUGGGAUUGGACGGACAUAUCUACAAGGGCCGCCUGAAAACCAGAUCGGUCAAGACUGUGGAUGCCAGACUACCCACCAUCUUUCCUAAAGACGCAGGCAUGUGCAAGAGCAAAGACAAGAUCAUGCGCUCCCAGUUCCAGAAGCCUGGCUGCACAGAGCCGGGCUGUGUGACCCCUGUGCGACCCCAGAGUGCCAAAACCCAGCGCAGCCGCUCAGCCUCAGGCAGCUCUGUGCGGGACCGGCCCAUGUCUUCUUUAGGCUGCCUGUCCCAGGCUACCCUUCCCCAGAGCUCGUCCCAUGCUGACACCACCAGCGAGCUGCUGCAGCAAGAUCUGGAGCUUCACGUGGACCUGAGCCAGUCGGAGGAAGAGCCUGUCAUCAUCCUGUAGGGGGCGAUGGAGAGCCCCACACACCUUAUUUUAAUAAACCGUUUACAGCAGCAGCAGGAGGAUAUCCUGGUCUCCAUUUUGUAAUGGAGCAUACAGACGUUGUGAAAAUUAAGUCUGAUAUUAGUCAGUUAGGUUAUUUAUGGAUGGUAAUGGAAUAACACAAUUCUAGGACCUAUGAACACUGUUUCAAUGCAACAAAAUAGCUGAGUCACAAAAUUGCUGAGUCACAUUUCCAAGGUGUAGCUUUACAGGUCAAAUACCUUACGUGUGGCUACAUUACGAUUUUGGUUUAUGAUGCCUGAUUUUCAAUGACCUUCAUAGAGAAACUUUCAGGCAGGUGACCUCAAAUACCAGACUGUUUGGAUGCAGAAGAAUACCACCAUGGAGCAAUUCAUUUGACAUAUAGGGUCUUAUAGAGCGGUAUCAUUAAAGGCUUGAAAUGUCUUCCCUCUCACA